AUUUCUUUAAAUUAACCAAGCAACUAUUAUAAUGGUAUAGCUUUAUGAUCAAUAUCAAUUACUUAGAUUCAAGAGCCAUAAAUUAAUCCUCAAAUUGCUCCCAUCAUAGCUAAGUAAUUAUAGAUGAUUAUUAAAUAACCUAUUGAUGGUACAUUUAUAUCUUAUUCAUAUAUUAGGUGUUCAUAUUAUAUUUAAUGAAUAAGAUGUAUUUGAUAUCUAGGCUGAUAUUGAAGGUCCAGGUAAAAAUUAUCCUUUAUUUUAGUUGACACCCCAUUCUAAGGAGGUGUUUUCAGAUGUAAAUUGAUCUUACCACCAUAAUUCCCAUAAAUGGCUCCUAAAGGUAUUCUAAUAUCUCAUAUUAGGCUUAUUUAAUACUAAAAUCUUUCAUCCAAAUGUUUCAGAAAAAGGAGAAAUUUGUGUUAAUACAUUAAAGAAAGAUUGGAAUCCUAUCUAAUGGUCUUUAAAACAUAUAUUUGAAGUUAUCAAAUGUUUAUUAAUUGUUCCUUUUCCAGAAAGUUCUUUAAAUGAAGAAGCUGGAAAAUUAUUUAUGGAAAAUUAUGAUGAAUAUUUUAAAAGAGCUAAAUUAUUAACUACUAUUUAUGCAGUAAAAUAAGAAGCAAAUAUUUUAAAAGGAAAUAAUUAAGUAUUAAUUUCUUUUAAAUUUUUAGGUCGUUAUUGAAGAAGUUGAUAAAAAGAAUAAAGUCACUUAAACUCAAUAAAAAAAAGAGAAUGAUCAAAAGAAAUGGUUAAAAAGAAUAUGA